AUGUCAGCAACAAAGGAACUCGCCUCCAUGUUGGAUGAACUAAUGGGAAGGCAUCGCAACGCGUUGCCUUCUGAAAGACCCAAAGAGACAACUUGGGAUGAUCCAGAAGUGUGCAAAUAUUUUCUCGUCUCAUUCUGCCCUCACGAAAUGUUCACCAACACGAAAGCUGAUUUAGGGCAUUGUGAAAAAAUCCACGAUGAAAGGCUGAAAGAACAAUACUUAAAUAGUUCACGGUUUCAAAAGGCAGGUUUGGAAGAAGACUUUUUGGCCUUUUUACAAAAGCUGCACAGUGAUAUGCAACGUAAGAUCAAGAAGAACAAGCAACGAUUGGAACUUACUCAGCCCGGAGGCCAAAUUUCGGAUAUGAACAAAGAAAGAUUGGAAGAGAAGAUCAAGCUGUUGUCUGACAAGAUAAUCGGCCUGCAGGCGCAAGCAGAGCACCUUGGAGCUCAGGGCAAAGUGGACGAAGCGCAAGGCGUCAUCAAAAUGGCUGAUGAACUAACCGAUGAACGAGACCACUGCAAACGGGCUAUGGAUACCCCUCUGGCCGAAUUAAAAUUGAUGGAAGUUUGUGAAAUUUGUGGUUGUUUCUUGAUCGUUGGUGACAGUCAGCAUCGCAUAGAUGAACAUCUGACAGGCAAACAACACGUGGGAUAUGCAAAGAUCAAAGACACCAUCGACCAAAUGAUUGCUGAACGAGAGAAGCGAAGAAGGGACAAGGAGGCAGAAGCUAGAAAGGAAGAGGAAGAAAUGCAGAAAAGACGCGAGCCAGAAAAAAAGCGACAUCAUAGUCGCAGCCGUGACAGAAGUCACAAGCGAAGCAGUCAAAAUCGAAAUCUAGCCGGCGUUCCGCAUCUCAUCAUCGAAGCAGGUCGCGAACCAAAGAUAAAAGUUGUCAUGGUCACACCCACCGCAGCAGUCAUGCUCACAGCCAAAGCCACGAUCAUCGAAAGCGAUCUCGCGACAACGACAAAGUUCUUAGCCAAAAAAGGGAAGACUGCAGCGAUUCAAAGAAAAAAGGUAAAGAUCAGCACCGUUCAGGUUCAGCGAGGAAAGAUCGCGUAG